GUGCAGACAGUUUGAUAAACAUAACUAUUUUUCCGCAUGCUCGAGCGGCUACACGUACCGGUGUCCUGAGUAACAUUACUGCCUGAAGAUGGUGAAAUUGAAGAAAAAAUCUAUCAAAGCAAAGGCCCAAACUAAAGGAAAAAAAGUGAAACAAGUGCAGUCUUAUGGCAAAACUAAAUCCAACGCCUCCAAUGGCGCCACGAACCGUUUUCGGGACGAUAAACCGAGAAGGCCUACCUCCGCGGAUCUGGAAAAGGCGUACCGAAGGAACAUUCAGUCUGAAAUGUACAACAGGGAACGAGUGGACCAUUUGUUGCCUAUCAAAGUCAAAGGCAAAGGAUUGGUUACCCGUACGGCUCCCAAGCAACUGGGCAAUAAACAUAGCGCGACAAACGAUCUGUCAGACGGAGACGUAUCGGACACGGACGAGGAUAGCAGGCAAGCGGUUUCCAAGGAGCAGGAAAUCGUCACGCUAGCUGACCUGCUGGUUAAACGCGACGCGGAGAUCAAAGAGAAGCAGUUUCUAAUAGGAGCGUCCUGUGCAGCAAUAUUGGAAAAUCCUGAAGCCAGGAUCGAAAAUCUGGGUAAUUUAGUCGAUUUGGUGCGGGAUAUCAACCGAGAUGGGUCGAUUAAUUUCCUUGCUAUUCGCAAAACUGCUAUUAUAUCACUGGUGGAAGUUUUUAAGGACAUAGUUCCAGAAUAUCGCAUCGGCAUUGUAGACAAAGAACAGCAAACAUUAAAAAAGGAUACACUCUCCAGAAUAAAUUACGAAAACAAGCUUUUGACAUACUAUAAGCAAUUUCUGAAACAUCUGGAGCGCAUAACGGAGAAAUAUACUCGGAUGCUGCGGGAAUCGAAAAAAUUGUCCACUGAUACUCGUCAGUUGCUAGAAACUACCGUACAGUGUAUGUGCGAUUUGGUUUUGGCACAUCCGUACUUCAACUAUAGCCCAAAUAUUGUCCAGGUGCUCGUUAUCAUGCUGAACGAUGCGAAGGAAAGUGUUCGAAAAAUAGUUCACUCAUGUUUCAGUACGCUAUUCAAGACCGAUGCAAGAUUGGAUCUAAGCUACCAUACGGUUCGCCAUAUUAACAUGCUGAUAAAAAAGAAGGAACGAAACAUUUUUCCGGAAAUGGUGUCCUGCCUCAAAUAUCUGCAGAUCCAUCGAAUCAAUAUGCACGAGGAAACAUUGCUAGAGCUGAAAAAGCAAAAACUAGAGAAACAAAAGUCGUACUUCAUCAACAUGUCACGAAAGGAACGUAAGCGAAAGAAAAAACUUCAGGAAUUGGAAAAGGACAUCUUCGAAACGAAGGCCGAGGAAAGCAAACAGGUGGUACGACGCAAGCUGACCGACAUUUCCAAAAUGGCUUUUAUGAUUUAUUUCAAAAUAUUAAAAUGCUAUCCCGAUUCACGGGUUCUGAGUGCAACACUGGAAGGGCUUUCGAAGUUCGCGCACACUAUCAAUAUUGAAUUCUUUGCCGAUUUGGUGGAAUUGCUAAACAAUCUACUAGUAAACGCUUCGCUUGGGUAUCGCGAGCAAUUGCACUGUAUCCAAACCGUGUUCGUUAUCCUCAGUGGACAGGGAGAAGUUCUAAAUAUCGAUCCAGCAAGAUUUUAUUCGCAUUUUUACAAAAAUCUUCUGUAUGUUAAUGCAGGUAAAAAUCAUGAAGAUAUGGAAUCAAUCCUAAAAACAUUGGACAUCAUUCUCUUCAAGCGUCGUCGUAACGUUACGUACUAUCGCUUUGUUGGUUUUGUAAAGCGUCUUGCUACGCUUUGUCUUCAGGUGCUGCCUAACGGGUCCCUUGGUCUGAUAUCGUUGAUUCGCAGCUGUAUGAACAUGAAUCAACAGCUCGACAUUCUGCUUGAUACGGAAGCCGACGUAGGGUCUGGUAAGUUUGAUCCGUUGAACGAAGAGCCGGAAUUUUCAAAUGCUAGCUGCACGGCCUUAUUUGAAACUACCUGCCUGACCCGGCAUUAUCAUCAAACGGUGCGCAAGAUGAUAACAAACGUACUGAAAGGAGCGGAUAACGUGCCCAUCAGUGCUGGAAGAACUUUGACUCCUGGGGAAUUCUACACUAACUAUGACUGUUCGGAGAUGGUUUUCAAUCCGGAAAUUCCACAACCUUCGAAAGUAAAAUACCCAAGCAGGAAUCGUAGUCUAUUGGCACUAGCAUUGGUACAAAAGAGUUUCUUGGAGAAUUACAACCCGGUUGUUCCGCUUGCCGUGUCCAAUACCGACGCAUUGAUGUUCGACUACUACCAUGAGUGCGCUAAAAAACACAAAUGUUAAUAAAGUUGAUUCGCAUUUUCGACUCAUUAAUUUCACAGGAUA